AUGAAGAUAUAUUACAUUGGAGUUUUAAGAAACAGCGAUGAUAAGACCCUUGAAUUAAGUUCUGUGAAGGACUUAUCACAAUUUGGGUUCUUUGAAAGGAACAGUGUUGCACAGUUCAUGUCCUUUUUCAGUGAGACUGUUGCUGGCAGGACAAGUGCUGGUCAAAGACAGAGUGUUGAAGAAGGUAACUAUGUAGGUCACGUUUACGCAAGGCCUGAAGGAAUUUGUGGUGUUUUGAUUACGGAUAAGGAGUACCCAGUAAGACCAGCUUAUACGUUGUUGAACAAAGUAUUGGAUGAGUAUUUGGUAGCGCACCCUCCUAUCCAGUGGAAGGACGUGACGGAGAGUGACGAUUCGCUCAAGUUGAAGGAGUUGGAUAUCUAUAUUGCCAAGUAUCAGGACCCAUCUCAAGCUGAUGCAAUAAUGCGUGUACAGCAAGAAUUAGACGAGACCAAGAUCACGCUACACAAAACCAUUGAAAACGUAUUACAAAGAGGUGAGAAAUUGGACAAUUUGGUAGACAAGUCCGAAUCACUAUCUGCUGCAUCGAGGAUGUUCUAUAAGCAAGCAAAGAAAACCAAUUCGUGCUGUAUAGUUAUGUAG